AUGAACUCUGACACGGUUCUUUUUUGCUGUAGCUUUUUGGCGUCCAAACGGUCGGGUGCGGCCUCGGCCAAGGAGAUUAUGCUGCACUGGUGCCAGGUCAUGACCAAGGGAUACCCGCACGUGGAGGUGAAAAACUUUGGCAGUAGCUGGGCAGACGGAAUGGCUUUCUGCGCACUCAUUCAUCACUUCUACCCUGACGCUUUUGACUUCUCCACUCUGAAACCGGAGAACCGGAGGGCCAACUUUGAACUUGCAUUUAAAACUGCCGAGGAGCUGGGCAACGUGGCGCCACUUUUAGAAAUGGAGGAUUUGCUGAGAACUAAGGUACCUGAUUGGAAGUGUAUCUUCACGCAAAUCCAGCUUUACUACCGUCGAUUCCAACUGGAACAGGGCGCCAACGCCAAUAAGCCUCCAGUGGGACUCCAUCCUUCCGCUCCCCCGCCCAACCCUGAGGGCAGCUCCGCUUGA